GGCGUGUGUCUGUUGUACACAGACAACUGUAGAAAUUAAUUUAGCUAGAAAACGCUAACUUGUUUAUUUUUUUACUUGCUUAUUAAUAAAGUUUAGCUUUGGAUCAUUUUUUUCCCCUGGUGUGUGGCAAUGGUUGCCAUUGCCGAUGUGGUAUUACAUGCGACGAAAUGAACGGGAAAGCAGUGAGUGUUUAACGUUUCGUUAGCUGGGUCACUGCCCGUUUUCUAUCUAGCAUUUCUGUCUGGGUUUCGUUUUUUUGUCCUGGGUCUAAUCCUGAACUGGGUCGAAUGAAGACUGUGGGUGGUAUUGGUAACCCCGUCGAGCCCGUCAGCUGUUUCCUAGAAUGAAAGCUCUGAAGAACAACUUCUUCUACUCCAGGAUAGGAGCUGACGGGUUGUUUGAAGAUGACCGGCAUGUUCUGGUGGAGGAACAGAAGUCAUGCAGGGCCCGAGCUCGCUGCUUCUCCCUGGAAACCAACCGACGAAGGAAGGUUCUGGAGGAGAGGAGGAAGCUGUGGGACGUCCAGGAACAGAGGCUGAGGGAGAGCAUCCUACAGCAACGUAAACAGAGAGUCCAGGAUGCCACCGAACGCUUCCAGAGGGCCCAUCUGCCCCCCUCACAGAGACGCAGACAAUCUUUCAGGAAGAGCACCCUUAAUAUCGAGGAGGCACUUAAUCACAUACAAGGCACCUUGACCUUGAGUUCCUAUACCAGACAAUCCCCCGACAGGAGCUGCACUUCAUCCCCUAAGCCUCCCCCGACACCCAGCCCGUCGCUCCACCAGGGGAACCUGUCUGCCCUGGAGGCCUACAGCAAACUGAUGCAGGACAGAACCUUCAGCAGCUUCAAGAACAGGCUACUAUUCCUCAGCCAGCUCCAGGAGACACAGCUGAGGGACAGGGACGAUCUGCAGGACACACAGCCAAGGGAGAGGGACAAGGAGAGGGACGAGCUGCAGGACACACAGCUGAGGGACAGGGACAAGGAGAGGGACGAUCUGCAGGACACACAGCUGAGGGACUGGGACGAACUGCAGGGGACACAGCCGAGGGACUGGGACGAACUCCAAGGGACACAGCCGAGGGACAGGGACGAGCUGCAGGACACACAGCUGAGGGACAGGAACGGACUGCAGGGGACACAGCUGAGGGACAGGGACGAACUGCAGGGGACACAGCCGAGGGAGAGGGACGAGCUGCAGGAGACACAGCUGAGGGACAGGGACGAGCUGCAGGAGACACAGCUGAGGGACAGGAACGGACUGCAGGGGACACAGCUGAGGGACAGGGACGAACUGCAGGGGACACAGCCGAGGGAGAGGGACGAGCUGCAGGACACACAGCUGAGGGACAGGGACGAACUGCAGGGGACACAGCUGAGGGACUGGGAGCGGGACAUGGGGUUCCUCAAUGAGCUGCAGGACACACAGCUGUGGGGCAGUCCACAGCAUCAUAAUGUGACUCAGUCAGAGAGCCUGUCCAGUCUGGAUAGCUUGGAAAUGGAGGACGGCUUAAACCACAACAACACAGUACAGAGAGUCCACAGCUCUUGGUUAGAUCACCAGAGACACCCCAAUGGUCCAUCCUCUUGGUUAGAUCACCAGAGACACCCCAAUGGUCCAUCCUCUUGGUUAGAUCACCAGAGACACCCCAAUGGUCCAUCCUCUGACUUGUCCUUUUGUCCACCAACAAAGAGUUUCCUAAGUGGUAACCUCCUAAUCCAACAGGGCAAAGUUGAUGCUAGCCCUCAGCCACCCAGACCAAGGCAGACAGAGGAGCCUGUCGAAGAUUGUAACAGCAGACUGCACCAGCUCUCUCAGGCCACUGGGUGGCAGAGUUGUACAGACCAAUCGUCAUCACAGACUAACACUAUAACCCAGCCCCCACUCCUCAGUGUCAGUCACCACAGCCUGCUAACUCUGAGUGGGAUUAUAGAUACAUCCUCAAUACGUUCAGAUAACGGUGACCAAGACUCUCAGGAGAGGGAAAGUCAUCUGAGGGGGGACCACAGAGUCUCGGGGGUCGUAGCGUGCUCCAAGGCUUCUACCCCAGACAGAACGCUGCUAGAGUUCACCUCUUGUCUGAUCCCAGAGGGAAAGUUAGAAUUUAGGCAGCAGGUGAGAGACCCGGAGGACAAGUAUUCCAAACAACCGACACAGGUCCUUCUGCCUGGGAAAACUUGCAGCCACAAAGACCUUCUGUGUGAAGCCCCCUCCUCAAACCCUGAUCAUAUCCUCAGUUAUAACACUAAAAGUAGCUCAGGGGUCCGGGAGGACACGGCCAACAUUCAGCCAACAAAAAACACACAACACCAGUCACAGGGAAGCAAACCCAGUGUAGAAGAUGCCAUGAACAACCUCAACAAAGGGUCCAACUCUGAGCCCAAAGCAGGAUCCAACUCUGAGCCCAAAGCAAGGCCCAACUCUAAACCCAAAGCAGGGUCCAACUCUGAGCCCAAAGCAGGGUCCAACUCUGAGCACAAAGCAAGGCCCAACUCUAAACCCAAAGCAGGGUCCAACUCUGAGCCCAAAGCAAGGACCAACUCUGAGCCCAAGGCAAGGCCCAACUCUGAGCCCAAAGCCGAGAAGUCUAAGAACACAGACCCUCUCAGUCAGACAUUGGGUCAUUGUAAUAUCAGGUCUGACUUCCCUAAAGGCCUAAAGAGCCUGCAGGUGGAAAUAACACCAACACACCUCCCAGAUACACCUCCAUCUCCUCCACCUGUAGCUGUUGUCAGCACAGCCACAGAUCAUAAAGGCACUGAAGUCCGAUGCAUAAAGGGAAUUCUUAAAAAACGAUCAAAAUACGGCGUGUCGGGAGGAAACGCUUGUUCUGGUAUGUAUAACGCCAGGCAUUUAAUAUUCGCCAAACAAUUCACCAUGUCCAUCAGAGAUAGUGUGGAACUGACCCGAAGGAAAGGCAAGGAUGCAGACAAGAUGAUCAAAAAGAAGAUACGCUGGUUUGACGAGGUAAAUCUGGAGGAGGAAGAGGAGGAGAUGCAACGGAGUCCUAUAACAAACAAGUGUGUUUCUGAGUAUCCACUACCUCCACAUAAACACUCAGCAUCAUCAGACCACCAACAGGGUCAGGGCCAGACGGUGGCCACCAACACCCCUCUGGCCUCCACCGGCUAUCACUUUACCAAGCAGGCCUGGGCAGAUGUCAGGGUCCAGGAGAGCAGGCUGCAGGGGCACCAGGGGAUCCAGGAGAGAGGCCAGGAGGCCAAGGAGACAAGAGUGGAAGCAAGGGAGGUCAAGGUCCAGCGGGGGAGCAGGGGGAGAACCGUGUGCCCCAGAGUCCCCAGGAGAGUGAGAUCUGCCAGGGCAGGGAUGGAUCCUGUUUCGUCCCGCUCCAGAAAAGGCACGGUCAUCAGACCCCAAUCUGCUACGGAGGCCAGCAGCCACGUGGCCUGGGUGACCCACGGGAAGGUCAUGGUGCCUCGUCCCCCGCCCCGCACUGAAACCAUGGAACCAAAAACACACACAAGAGAGACGGAUGCUGUAGUAUCAUACACCACCAAGACUCCUUACAACAUGGAUCACUCUAAUGACACCACCAAGACUCCUUACAAAAUGGAUCCCACUAAUCACACCACCAAGACUCCUUACAAAAUGGAUCCCACUAAUGACACCACCAAGACUCCUUACAUGGAUCAGUCUAACUCUGCUGCUACUAAAGCAGGGAUUCCUGUAGAUGAGGCUUUGUGUAAUAAUAACACCCUGGACAACCUCGCCCCGUCCCAGAACCGUACACAUGUCAUUAGGGCAGAUAGCAGCGUUAUUUCUAACCCAUCCAAGGCCACCCCCAUGUCAGGCCAGCAGGACGCCCAGGGAGAGGCUGCCAGAUGGGGGCUUCUGUACCAUGAGAAUGGCCUCUGUCUGGACCGUACUCCCACAGACGAGGAGAUCUCUCAGCUCUGGCAUGGAGUCCGUAGUGCCUUAGCCACCAAGGACGGUGACCCUAUAACUAUCCUGCCUCAAGCACGUGCCAACCUGUCUCGCGUUACUAUCAACGGGGACAGCCUGAUCAACGGAGUUAAAGCCAUCACCACGAUGGGAGACUUCUUCCUCUCCCCAACCAAUGUCCGGAGCCUGGUGAGGAGACAACCCCAGGAGAGUCGUGGUAGUGGGGCCAGGAGGAGAGGAACAUCUGGCUCAGGGAACAGAAGGCUUCCUCUAUCCUCCCAGUCUCAGGUACAGGCUUCCUUCCUCUAG